UUGUUACAAAUCAAGUAUAUCAAUGAUUUCAAAUAAUUCGAUAUUGUCUUUUUACGAUGGUCAGUCUCAUUGUUUCGUUAAAGAUAUUUUAGUGCCCGGUUAUACCAUCGAAGAGGAACUCAUCAGACUCGUUGGAUUUGCUAGCUUAAAGAAGAUUAAUGAUUUCAUUUCUAAGAUUUCCAGACAUUCAAUAAAUUUGCAUUAUCCCACGUUCGACUUAAAAACACCCCUUUUAGAAGUUGUUCGUCGUGGCGAUGUUCAAAUUUUGGCAUUGAUUCUCGAUAAGAUUCCAAUCUCUUUGGAUGAUACAACUACGCAACCCUGUGGAAAAACUGUUCUCAUGAGUGCUGCAUACACGAGCAGAAAUCCGGAAAUAUUACGAUUAUUAUUAAAAAAUGGCGCCGAUCCUAAUAAACUCGACGUUCGUAAUUGGACUUGUCUUCAAUAUGCUAUAGUUGGAGAACGUAUAAAAAACGUAGAAAUUCUUUUGGAUAUCGGUUUGGACAUCAAUGCUCGAGAUUACAAUGAUCGAACACCGUUAAUGAUAGCCGUUAUUUUAUCAAACUUGGACAUCGUUUCGCUGCUAUUGAAUCGUGGCGCCGAUUUUACGGUCAAAGAUCAAACAGGCUUCACUGCUUUACAACUUGCAAUAUUACGAAAAAAAAGAGAUGCUGCUAUUCUUUUAAUCGAGAAAGGAAGCAACGUUAAUCUACCAUUACCACUGACCAAGAUUUCGCUUAAAAAAUUGUCCGAAAUUACGUUGCCAAAGUUAUUACCUUUUAUUCAAUACGAUGAUGACGUUCUCGAUUACGACGAUCAAGAUUGAAUGUAAGAUUAAGAUGAUAAAACGAUUAGUAUUUUCAUUUUUGUCAAUUUUCUA